GGUCAAUGAGUAUCCACGACGAGUUUUAACUUUAACUGGUUUUAUGGUUGUUGCAGCUAAGAUUCGCACCCGCCUCUGUGCAGCAAAAAACGCACGCCAACAAACACAAGGAAGGUUCGACGUCGAGAAGCUGCAAUCACAACAGACAGCCGAACGAUUCUCUACUCGGCUUGCACUCCUGCUCUCUGAGAGCACUCGUCAACAACUCGGUAUAAGGGAACUGUGGGACGGCAUUUCAAACUCCUUACGUACAGCUGCAACCGAAACCAUUGGUUUUCGGAAAGUGCAAAAGAACAGCUGGUACGACGAAGAGUGCCGUGUCGCAGCGGAGAGAAAACAGGCUGCCUACCUCGCAACGUUACGAUCGACCACAACACGUGCGGGAUGGGAUAGAUACCGAGAGUUGAAGAGGGAAGCGAGACGCAUUUUCAGACAGAAGAAGAAAGAGGCCGAAAUGCGUGAGUACGAGCAGCUUGACAAGCUGGCCGACAGGGGUAAUGCUCGAAAAUUCUACGAAAAAAUGCGGCGGCUUACAGAAGGUUUCAAGACCGGAGCAUACUCCUGUAGAACCCCCCAAGGUGAUCUAGCCACCGAUGCCCAGAGCAUACUUAAAUUAUGGAGGGAACACUUCUCCAGCCUGCUGAAUGGCAGUGAACGCACAACACCAAGAGAAGGCGAACCCGAUACCCCAAUCGAUGACGAUGGAGCAGACGUUCCAUUGCCCGAUCAUGAAGAAGUUCGAAUAGCAAUUGCCCGUCUGAAAAACAACAAAGCGGCAGGGGCCGAUGGAUUGCCGGCCGAGCUAUUCAAACACGGCGGCGAAGAACUGAUAAGGAGCAUGCAUCAACUUCUUUGUAAAAUAUGGUCGGACGAAAGCAUGCCCAACGAUUGGAAUCUAAGUGUGCUCUGCCCAAUCCAUAAAAAAGGAGACCCCACAAUCUGCGCCAACUACCGUGGGAUAAGCCUCCUCAACAUCGCAUAUAAGGUUCUGUCGAGCGUACUGUGUGAGAGAUUAAAGCCCACCGUCAACAAACUGAUUGGACCUUAUCAGUGUGGCUUCAGACCUGGUAAAUCAACAACCGACCAGAUAUUCACCAUGCGCCAAAUCUUGGAAAAGACCCUGAACGAGGACAAGACGAAAUAUCUCCUGUCAUCAAACAAACAGUCGUCGCACUCGCGACUUGGCACUCACGUCACUGUUGACAGUCAUAACUUUGAAGUUGUAGAUAAUUUCGUCUAUCUUGGAACCAGCGUAAACACCACCAACAAUGUCAGCCUAGAAAUCCAACGCAGGAUAACUCUUGCCAACAGGUGCUACUUCGGACUAAGUAGGCAAUUGAGAAGCAAAGUCCUCUCCCGACAAACAAAAACCAAACUCUAUAAGUCACUCAUAAUUCCCGUCCUGCUUUAUGGUGCAGAGGCCUGGACGAUGUCAACAACAGAUGAGUCGACGUUGCGAGUUUUCGAGAGAAAAGUUCUGCGAAAGAUUUAUGGUCCUUUGCGCGUUGGCCACGGCGAAUAUCGCAUACGAUGGAACGAUGAGCUGUACGAGAUAUACGACGACAUUGACAUAGUCGCGAAAAGACAGCGGCUACGCUGGCUAGGUCAUGUUGUCCGGAUGGACGAAAACACUCCAGCUCUGAAAGUAUUCGACGCAGUACCCGCCGCGGGAAGCAGAGGAAGAGGAAGACCUCCACUCCGUUGGAAGGACCAAGUGGAGAAGGACCUGGCCUCGCUUGGAAUAUCCAAUUGGCGCCACGUUGCGAAAAGAAGAAACGACUGGCGCGCGGUUAUUAACUCGGCUAUAAUCGUAUAA